CGUAAUACCCGUAGUUCCAUUCUCUCAACGCGGAAGCAGCUACGAAUGGCUACAGCGCUAACUGGCAUUAAUGUGUUUUUAUCCUCAAACACAGCCACGAAUAUUUAACAUAGAGGCGGGUUAUGAAGUACGGAGACAGGUGGCUUCAUAACAUGUUGCUUUGACAGUUUUAAAACAUUUAAAAAAUGAAGACGUUACGGCUUCUUUUAUCCGGCUGCUAACUGAAAACAACUCACCUCCUCUUAAAGAAAGAAAGAAACAAACAUGAAGGUCCGCUCGUCUGUGUUCGCCUCGUUUAUUUUAAUCUCCGAGGUGGUUGGCAUCGCCCUCUUCCUGCGGGGGUUCUUCCCCGCACCUGUCAGGUCUUCCCUCUCAUCCAAGAGCAAGCUGUCGGAUCUCCCAUCGGAGCCGCUGACAGGGAGCUCUCCCAACGCCUCUCGCCUCCCACCACCCCUCUUUAAAAGGGUGGUUGUAAUGCUGGUGGACGCCCUCCGGGAGGACUUUGUGUUUGGCCCCGGUGGUCGCAGGUACAUGCCUUACACCAGACAUGUGGUGGAAAGAGGCUCCUCGCAAAGCUUUGUGGCCAAGGCGAGACCCCCUACUGUCACCAUGCCCAGGAUCAAGGCUCUUACCACUGGCAGUAUCCCAGGCUUCAUUGAUGUGGUAAUGAACCUGAAUUCUCCUGCACUGCUGGAAGACAACCUCAUUUGGCAGGCCAAAACAGCGGGGAAGAGGAUCGUCUUCUACGGAGAUGACACCUGGGUGCGCCUCUUCCCCAAACACUUCAUGGAGUACGAUGGCACGACCUCUUUCUUUGUAUCUGACUACACUGAGGUUGACAACAAUGUGACCCGUCACUUGGAUAGCACCCUAAAGAGAGAUGACUGGGACAUUUUGAUCCUCCACUACCUAGGCCUCGACCACAUCGGUCACAUCAGUGGACCCCACAGUUCCCUCAUCCAGCCCAAACUGCUGGAGAUGGAUGACAUCCUGAAGAAGAUCCACAGUGCCCUCAUUUCAAAGGAGGCAGAGGGAUCCUUGCCCUACCUGCUGGUGCUGUGUGGAGACCACGGCAUGUCGGAGACCGGCAGCCACGGAGGCUCCUCAGAGCCAGAAGUCAAUACACCCCUGGUGCUCAUAAGUCCGGCCUUCAAAAGAAAAGUGGGACUGGAGAAGCCUGAAGUUGUAGAGCAGGUUGACCUGACUCCGACCCUGGCACUGGGACUCGGUCUGCCCAUAUCUCAAAACAGCGUGGGCCACGUCAUCCCCGGUGUUCUGGAGGAAAGCUCACUCCGAGAUCAGCUGCGCUUCCUGCAUCUCAAUGGCCACCAGCUCAGCUGUCUGCUCAAAGACAGCAUGCCCGACUAUGAGAAAGAGGCAGGCUUUGAGCAGUUCCGAGUGGCAGAAAAGGCUCAUGGAAGCUGGAUGAAGCUCUACCUGGAGGGCAACACCUCUGAAGUGCUGACCAACAUGGGCAAAAAGGUCCUGAAGCAGUAUCUGGAGGCCCUGGCUGCCAUGAGCUCGGCCCUCAGCAAACAGCUGGGCAAAUACGACAUGUACUCCAUGAUCGCAGGCAUGGUGUUUGUGUUUCAGCUUCUGUUGGUCUUACUGCUGGCUAUGCCUGAAGCCCUCAGUGGUGAAGCAGCGGUGGACCUCCCAGUCCUCUCAGUCCUGCUCUCCCUGCCUUUCUACCUCCUGUGCCUGCUGCUCGCCUCGGUGCACGUCUUGGUGUGCACAUCUGCUGAGAGCUCCUGUUACUUCUGCAGCCUCUCCUGGGGUCUCGUGUUUGCUGCUGUUGCCUUCUCCUCAGCAAUGUUUUGUAUUCUGGUCUCUAUGGCAACACGGCGACUCCCCCUGGGACCAAAGAUUCACGGGAAGUCUCCAUUGAGGAGCAGUGGCAGUGAGUGGUCGCUGUCAGAGCUGGAUGUGUUGCUGCUGGCUGGCACGGUGGGACACACUCUUAGCUUGGCGGCCAGCAGCUUUGUAGAGGAAGAGCACCAAACCUGGUACUUUCUGCUCAACACCCUCUGCCUCGCCGUCUUCCAGGAUGUCUGCCGCAAGUACUUCCGAGAGCAGCGUGGCUCUGGAGAUGAAGAAGAGCAUAUCCUCCCUUCCAAAGACUGUCAUCCCACUGCUCACCCUAAGGCAGAGAUUUGCUCAGAGAAGUGGCUUGCAUUAGCCACGCCGCCAUUCACUCUGGUCUGCUGCCGACUGCUGCGCUCCCUCAACCAGACCGGGGUGCAGUGGGCUCAUCUUCCUGAUGUGGGACAUUGGCUUAACAGCUCUGAGCACAGGAUGGUCCUCUCCCUGCUGGCGGCUUUCUGUUUGGUUCUUAUCUACCUCCUGGUUCAAAGACGGUGCUCAUGGGUGUCCAAGGUUGCCCUCGCCCUCGGACUUUUGGGUGUCUACAGCUACCGGGCAGCUGUUGGCAAUGUCUGGUUUCCCUGGCAACACUCCGGUCGAACUAUGUCCAAGGGAACAGUGGAGGCGCGCUUUGUUUACGUCUUCGUUUUGGGCAUCCUCUUCACGGGCACCAAGGACCUGUUGCGAUCCCAGAUCAUCACAGCAGAUGCCAAGUUGAAGAGCAGGGGAUUAUGGGAGAUUUACAGUGGCUUGGUUUUGUUGGUUUCACUGUUGUUUCGUGCUCACAAUCUGCCAGUCCUCUGCUGCUCCCUGUUGAUCCAGACCCUCAUGGCUCAGUUUAUCUGGAAGGAACUCCACUAUGACGCCGCCCAAACCACCAUCAUGCACUACUGGUUUGGUCAGGCCUUCUUUUACUUUCAGGGAAAUUCCAACAACAUUGCCACUGUUGACAUUUCAGUGGGCUUCAUUGGACUGGAAAGUUACAUAGAAGCACCUGCCAUCUUCUUAACGGCCCUCAGCACUUACGCGGGGCCCCUGCUCUGGGCGUGUCACCUCGUCUGCUAUCUCAGCUCAGAGAGAGACAAGAGCCCGGUUGCAGUCGGCCAUGGCUGCUACUGUUUGGCCCUGCUGAGGUCUGUGCCAGCUGCAGCCUACAUUGUGCUGGUAACUGUUCUGCGGUACCAUCUCUUCAUAUGGAGCGUCUUUUCACCCAAAUUACUGUACGAGUCCAUGCACCUGCUGCUGACUGCAGGAGUCUGUCUCUUCUUCUACACGAUGGAGCAGAGCCACAGUUCCAGUAAGUCGUAGGAAGCCAAAGCCGCACGUCUUCCCAUAAGGGAUUCGCUUUAGUCAAAGGGUCGGACACAGUCUCUUAAUGCUGUGUGCAAGACUUUCAAACUGAGACACUAUAAUAUGCUUACCCUCACUUUGUAGUAAACUGAUCUGUUCACAAUAUGUGAGCAGAUACUUCAGAAAGAGUUCUUCCUCCUGACUCUGUAUGUCUGGUUUGCAAAAAAAAAUACUUUGAGAAUGCACUUACAAUGUAUUUUUGAGCAGUCUAUUUAAAUAUUUUAAAUUCUUUCCCAGGAGAAAAUGUUUGCAGACGAAUAAAAGUGAAAUUAAGUUUAAAAAAAAAAAAAAGCUUUUUGAAAGAAUAUGUUUUUUUAACAUAUACAUGUAUAUUACCUCAGGGACUGGUGUACGAGAAGCUACUUAGACAACAAUGUAGAUGCUUUGCUCUGCAUGUAUAAGUGAAUGACUUUGUUUCUACUGAUGUUGAACAGCGUGUUAACAUAAGAGCUUAGUAACAACCUGCACCCACACAGGUGUUUUCAGUUAUCCUGUCUGAUUAGAGCUUGAAGGUUGAAGUCUGGCCGAGCAAUUCUCAACAGCACUGAGAAAACUCACCAGCAGACAUUUUGACAUGUCACAGUAGGAAAAAGCACAGCUGUAAAUAAUAUGAAUUAAUGAUGGCUGAAUUCCAUUCAGCUGCUCCACUUUCAGGGAGCAGGUAUCGUGUAAGCUGCCUCGCUGUCACUCAUGUCCUGACUUAAUGGGACACUUGAAUAAAACAGAGCCGUUGUUUGGAGGCUCGAUCGAGAUGAGCCAGGCCUUCGCAGAAUCGUGCCGGUUGAAUUUGCGUCCGACUUCAUGCCGACUGCAUCUCUAACCUCACGACUGUGCUCCUUUAAUUAACAUGUCUUACAUCAUGAUUAUUGUUUUAACCUUGUUUAUUGAUUUUAUGCUGAUUUCAGGCUGCCAGUAUUUAAACCUGGCCAGGGACUACAGAUGGAAACAAGCCUUUUGGCUAAUUCUUGCACACUUACAGCAGUGUUUAUUAAUAUGCACUGCGUCUGAUGAAUAGAUAAAGAAACUAUACAAUACUGAGGCAGCCGCAGUUUUUAGACGCUGGUGCUCUCCACCGACUGCACAACCCAAGGCAUCACUUAAAAUGCCUGGCUGUCGCCUGAUCAAAGAGCUGAUUGGCUUUUGACCACAAACACCACGUUUUGUAGAAAAUCCUAAUUGUCUGUGUGAUUGUAACAAUUAACACUAGAUUGCUGACUAUUAGCCUCAUGUUGUGCAAUGAAGCUUCAAUCUGUUAAUAAACAUAUCUUGUCUGGUCGAUAAUAUUAGCGAUAAAGUUUAUUUAUAUAUCCGAACAUGGUUUAAAAAGUAGUCUACAGAUAAGUAUUCUUUGAAGACGGCUUGAAACUGUACGAGUUGCCUGCGGCUCUUCGCCACCGCCUCCUGCUGCUGCCGCCUGAUCUCAUCGACUUUCAAGGCGAAGAGCAGUUCAUCUCAAACAAGCCUUAAUGUUAUUAGUAACAUUUGAGCCUUUUCCUGCUGUGACAGGUCAAACUGUCUGCUGUGCAACAAAGGGAGACCUCAAUCAAGUCUGUACCUGCAGACACAGGCAUAAGAAGAGGUCUAAUCAGGAAACAUAAGUGAACACCUGUGUGGGUGUAAGAUGGAGGUGCAGGGGGGGGGUUUAAUGUGGGUGUUUUUAAGAUAUUUGUUUCUCUUCACAACAUUUUCAAAAAUGCUGGGCAAAUAUUAUGUAAUAUUUAAUUUUCCUUUUUCACUCUUAAAAGUAUUUAACCCUUUUUUUACUGGGGACAUUUUGGAAAUGGCAGAAAGCUGCACUAGAUAUCUGUGUGUGUGUGUGUGUGUGUGUGUGUGUGUGUGUGUGUGUGUGUGUGUGUGUGUGUGUGUGUGUGUGUGUGUGUGUGUGUGUGUGUGUGUGUGUGUGAGAACAGUUAGAACAAUGGGGCUUCUUGUCUUGUCUUCAUUUUAAGGUGUCUGUUUAGAUGCAUGGCUGGAAAAUAUGCCACAUCUAUCGAAUUACUAGGGAUGUCCUAAGGCUGGAAAUCACCUGGCCUCCAUCUGUUUCGUCAGUGCAGUUUAUUUUUUAACUCUCUAAUUAUUUCCACCUAGUUUUAGCAACAAAAACCAGGAAAAAGUCCUCAGUCUCUACUGAGCGAAGCAUUUAGUUGGUUUCAGCUCAUAAUUCAUUAAAAACGUCCAGAAAGUGUUCAAACUGUAGUCAGCCCAGAAAAGAAAGCAAAUAUCACGGCGCUUUAUAAGGUAUGUUUUAUCUGUUUUUUUUUUUUUUUCUGCAGCUCUAACUGAGACUUUAUUAAUUCAGUAGCAAUUUUAGUGUCUUGGCAAGCAUUUCCACUGCUUGUAAUGUCAACUAGAGGUCUCCAGCACAUCAAGAACACCAGACACGCUGUUCUUUUUUUUUUUACUUGCUCUCCUUAUCCAGCUGAAUAUAUAUUACAAUUUGAAUUUACAAGUGAUAUAAUUUCCAGAGUCUAACAGUACUCCGCAGACUUACAAACUUCUUCAACUUGUACUCAAUCAGUUCUUUCAGUAUCACUGAGAUACCAACCAAAGGAAGGCUGGCAGGUGAGAUGGCUAGCGUCCAAACCAAUAAGAGUAUUGGAGCCAAAAGAGCAAACAGUGUGCUGCUGUCUUGUUACUUAUGGGGCGCAAUUUAUUAUUAUAGUAUCUCACUGAUUGCUUGGACUCCAUUUUGAAAGUAAAAAUCAGAAAAGUCAUAAUCAAACAUCCAGUGUGUCUUAAACUCACGUUUGUUUAUAUUUAUAUCAUAAAAGAACUGCAGUACCAGGUGUUUUAUUGUGAAGUGGUACAUUACAAAAUAAGAGCCAAACUAAGACUUCCAUUCCAGCUGUUAUUUUUGUUGAGUUAUGGGCUUCAGUGUUGUCAAUGAGCAGCUGUUUCUACUUCAAAGCUGCUUCCUGAUGAUUACCUGGCAGUUCUUACGUCAUUAAUACCCUUUGAGACUUGUCCAAAAAAAGUUGAAAAAGAUGUAACGUUACAGCUACAGUGUGCAACUGUUUUACCUCUGGGCAGAAAAGUGAAUCGUAAGUUCCCACCCCAACACUUGUCAAUCACCUUGAUGAGCUGUCUGCCCUGUAACGGCACCUCGCCCGAGGCUAAGAUCACUGACAUCUCCCCAAAGCUGCCACAAGCUUCGGAGAAGCAGAUGCCAAAACCGAGAAAGGCAGAAGAAAAAAAAAAGCGAUGCUGAUGUUCAGUGUGUUUCUGAAUAGAUUUUGUCUGAUGCAAGACGAGCUUCACACUUUGUUUUUGCUCGCAGUUGGGGUUGUUGCUGUGACUCACCUUGACAGAGACAACCUCAGCGUCGACUAAACCCGCAGAAAAUGGAAUAUAAAUGUCCCGAACAUCAUUGAAAAGUCAGACAAACAAGAGGAUUUACAUCUGAAUACACAGGGUCACUGACACAGACACACGCUGCAUAUGGAUCGCUGCAGGUUAGCUGGUUUGCAUCAGAAGCAGGAACGCAUUUAGGUUUGAGGUGGCUGAGCUUAAGAUUGAAUAGGCCCUUUUUCUACACUGAUGGCAUGCUGUUGUCAAGUGCCUUUUCCUCUCUUCAGUCAAAUUAGGUAUCAAACACACACUUUAAACAAAGUCUGAUGGAAAUAGUUUAUGAACCAGAUAAUAAUCUUCAUCACUCACGCAGAUUAUUCUGUCAGCAGCUUGUCAAACAGCCAUCAAAAUGUGAUAUUUUUAUGUUUUUAUUUUAAGUUUCUCCCUUAAUUGUAAGUUUUUUUAUUUACUUUUUUACAAAAAAUGAUAACAACAAAUAAUGACAGUCACGUCUUUGACAUUUAAGUUGGUUUAAAAAAAAAUAUAAAGAAGGAAAAGAAGAAAUAAAUAAAAGUAGUUCUAAAAGAACUGUACACACAAACCGGACUAAAUGGAUCCAGAGAGAUGGUGGUUGAAGUUGUAGGCAGUCGUGGAGACUCGUGAUAACGAGGGCUAGCUGGUGAUCAUUCCUGCAUCCCAUAAUAAAGGACCAUUUAGACAGUUUAAAGGUCAGAUGUAAUUUUUGAAGGCCAUUUAAGAUCAUUUAAAAUGAACAGCUAUCCAUGUUUUCAGUGUCGGAUAGAUUUUCUGUUCUGAGAGAUGAAAUGAAAAUGAAUGUUGUUGGUGUUUCAGAGCACUCGGUGGGAUUUUAUUGUGCUGAAGAUCAAUUAUGUUGUGCGUCUCUCUGCAUCUCAUCAGCAACCUUCCACUAAAAUGAAAACCUGUGACACCACAUUAGUUCUUUUAGAGUUUGAGAAACUCCUGAAGUACUUUGGGUACAUCGAGUUUGAUAAUAUCAUUAUAGUGGUAAUUUUUCUCGGCGCUGGCAGCGGAUUUGCCGCCGCCGGCCAGCAAUGUGAUUUGUUAUUCCUUUGUUGUGUUUUUUUUUUUCUGUUGAUGAUGUUUGGGUUUCUAUAAGGGGGCAUCAUUUUUCAGCUGGGUUUUUACCUUCAUCCAUUCUUAGUUCCUGCUCUGUUCUUUCUAAGCAAAACCAACAGAUGUUCAUGCAAUGAGCUGUAGUCAGGCAAGGGUUGCUUUUAUUUACACAAAAGUCAGAGAACAUCACUAAACAAACAAGUGAGAAUGGCUCGACAGGGAUUAGUCAUUACGCUGUGAUGAACUCCAGAGAAAAUGCUCAGCUGAGAGGAGAAAAUAAGUCUCGAUAAGAACUACUCUUUCAUGAGAGUUUUUUUUUUUUUUUUAAAGUUGGUUUACUUUUUUCUUUUCCAACACCUCGUGGAUCAUUGUGUGAAACAUGACUGCACCGGUGCAACAAGAAGCCUCAAAGCAGCUUCUCACAAAUCUGAUGGGACGACACUUUCUGUGCAAAAUCAUUCCUCUGUAUCCGAAAACCUACCGGCCCGUGAAAUGGAUCAGAAUAAUUGUAGUGUCCACAUGGUUGAAAGCUUUUAAGCACAUGUUAUACAUAACAGGAAAAAGUGGACUGGUUUUUUUGUGUGUGUGUUUGUGUAUUUAUUUGCAUUUCCAUCUUGUUAUUGAUCCUUCAGUUGACAUGUAGACUGAAUUUAGUUUCUUAUUUCAGGUCAGAGAGACAAAGAUGUACAACACAUAUUAUAGGUUUUAUUUUCCAGCUGUUAGAGCGUCAUAACACACACCUGUAUUAUCUGUGUUAAUACACGAGAUUUGUGCUUAUACUGGUUAACAUCCCACUUGUUUUGAUAUAGUUUAAGGUAACACUUCAUCCUGUUUUCUAUGUGUGUGAGCAUUUUUUCCCCUCCUUGUCCCCCCCCAAAAAACUAGUGAUUUUCUUUCUUUUUUCUUUACCUACUUCUGAUUUCUAUCUUCUGUGACAAAUGUGAAACAAUAAAAAGUGACAGAUUUCCCAAAAUGAUUGUUUUUAAUCAAGACUUGCAUUAUUUAUGUUCUUAAUAAUGAAAUAAAGGAUUUUACUACACUGAAA